AUCCGAGAACUGACUCAAGUACACAACUGCAUCAGCAACGUAACUGGCUGGAAUUAUCGCCCAUCCCAGAAGCAUAAUUUACUCGGGCAAAAUAUUUAUACAGAGGCGGACCGAAAUCACUUACAACAAGCCCAUUCACGAAACCUUGUGGAAACAACCCACGUUAGUAGCUCUCUAGACUUCUUAUCAGUCUCAAUACUUUUAAGGAACGCCGCUGAUUCAAACAUCUGUGUAAAGAAGUUGCCUAUUCAACAGCAUCAUGAACUUUUUGGCUGUACUACAUUGUGUGAUACUUAUUUCAGUUUGUGAAAUACUUGAAGAUCAUCAAACGAACGCUGGCAUGUGCUGGCUGCAGCAGGGUCCGGAGCACCGCUGUGACAUGGUGCUCAUGAGAGGCGUGAGCAAGGAAGAGUGCUGUGCGGCCGGCCGUCUGGACACUGCCUGGUCCAAUACCAGUCUGCCUAUCAAUGAAGUCAGCCUGCUGGGAUUCCUGGGAAUAGUUUCCUGUAAGCCGUGCAAAGAGAACUGCGAGGGGGUCAACUGCGGCUCUGGAAAGGUGUGCAGGAUGAAGUCUGGACGUCCCCAGUGCGUAUGCUCUCCAGACUGUUCCAACAUCUCCACUAAACACGCCGUGUGUGGGAGCGAUGGGAACUCAUACAAGGACGAGUGCGCACUCCUGAUGGCUCGCUGCAGAGGUCACCCUGACCUGGAGAUUAUGUACCAAGGGGAAUGCAAAAAGUCCUGCUCAAAUGUCGUAUGUCCUGGGACGCAUACCUGCGUGACGGACCAGACCAACAGUGCCCACUGUGUCAUGUGCCGCACUGCACCCUGCCCGAUGCCCAUGGUCACUGAGCAAACCAUCUGCGGCAACGAUAACAUCACUUACUCCAGCGCCUGCCACCUGCGUAGGGCUACCUGUUUUUUGGGUCGAUCCAUAGGGGUCCGCCAUUAUGGACACUGCAGAGGUAAUGAAGAAAGUGAGGAGAAUUCACUCUUCUGAGGAUGUCAAGAGCAGAUCCACUCCCUGUACAUAUUAUGAUGGCACAUAAGACGUGAGAGAACCUGUUUGAAACCAUAUAGUCUCACAACAUGGUUCUCCGUUCCAUAGAACCACUACUAGUAUUUUAUACGCAUGCAAUUCAUACUUAGAGAAAAUGUGUGGUUUUAACAGGAGAACUGAACUGAUGAAUUGACAAUGUGCAUAUUGUAAAUAUACUACAAGCUACUAUUUAUUGGAGAAAAGUAAGGAAGUCAGUGUUAUUUAUGUGUUAACACCAUAUAUCCGUACAUCAGCUGCCUUUAUCAAGGUAUUUAUUGUGGGUUUUGCUUCAGUUUUCAUGUACACGUCAAAACUGAAUAAUGUAAACAUGCACAUUCCCGUACCUAUGAAUUUCCUCAUGAUUACUGGAUAAAAAUGUCUAUUUCUUUUUUCAAAAAGAGCUAUUUCUUGUCAAUUAAAUAUUUUAGAACAUAACAUUUGAUGUUUUUUAUAUUAUUUUAUGUUUUUAAUAUUUUAUAUUAUUUAUAUGUGUUUUAUGAUUAUAUUAACUUAAUUCCCAUGGUUUUCCAGACCUGGAAAUGAUCAUUUUUAAAAAUUUUCCUAGUUUUCUAAGACAGUGGGAACCUUGACAUGAGCACUCUGUAUGCCAGACAAAGUUUAUCAGCAUUGUCAGCCAUGAGCUUUUUGACAACUCUACUAUGAACAAAGCACAUAGAAUAUUAACCAGCAAAAAUGAUGACCAAACACCACUGAAAUAUCUUCUUGAACAUUCCUAAGUACAGCUUUCCCAAAACCGUGCCUCUCUGCAAAAGCCAUGUGGAGUCACAGUUGAAAUUCCUAUGGACAUGAGAGACUACUUACUCAUUGAGAUAAAGUGUUGUGCGUGUACUGUUUGUAUUCAGAGGGAUUACUCAGCCAAAACAGCUACGCUUCCAGGCCACGUUCACAUUGACAUGAAGACCAAACUGAGCCACCCACCAAGCAAUGAAAUUACCAGCUACAGUCUGAAGGCAGCAGUUUUUUACGAGGAUGCUGGGACAGUCAAACAAUGUACAGUACAUUCUACUGUUGUAAUGGUUUUCACAUUGUCGGGUUGUGUUUUUGUCAUUUUGUGUGUGUUUGAGUUUUAUGGUCACUUGACCUUGUUGUAUACUUAAAUGGUCAUAAGGAGAAUUUCAGUGACUAGGUGUUUUAUCUGAUUCCCAGUAAAUCGUAUUGUGUUAUGCAAAAAUGAAGAAAAAAGAAUUUGGUAGACGCAGAUAUUUGUGUAAAACAUCAUUGUACAAGUUUGUUCCAUGCAUUCCUUUUAGUAGAUAUUUAACCUUCCUGUAAAUAGAGACCUUUUGCAGUAUCUGAAUAUAUACUGUAAAAUUCAGUUUAUUCAAUUGCAUAUUUUUGUAUUGUUUACUUACUUUUUUUUUUUUUAUUAAAACACAAAAUUAA